GGGUUUAACAGCGAACAGCUGAUGACGAUCGACGGCGCGCGGUCGUCGAGCGACGAUUGAUAGUAGGUGGGGCCGAUUCGAGACGAAAAGGAGGAACGUACACGGACCUUCCGUUACGGACUUGCAACGCCGUCUCGAUAAAAAUGGAAUUGCCGACGUAUCUCGCGCUCCUCGCCGCCUGCGUUUCGCUCGCCGCGAGCGUAGACACGCUGGAGCCCGGCAAGGUGACGAUAAUAAUACUGAGUCAAAAGGAGGGCUACAACGCGGCCCACGCUGAUUACUUGAGGAAGAGCAUCUACGAGCAGGCCGGCGCUCUUGAAGGGGAAUUGCCACACGUCGUGCUGUCCCACGAGCUCGACAUCAAAGGUUCCUGGACGAUAAUCCCGCUGCUGACUCACUUGUCCAAUGAAUUUCCGGACGUGGAAUGGUUCUUCUUUUGUUUAGAAAAUACCGUGAUUCGGCUGGAGAAGCUACUGAAUGUUCUUGGAAAGUUUAGCUCGUCGCAGAACGUAUGGGUCGGACACACGCUUUAUGAUCAUGAGCCUACCAUUAUUCAUCACUUUGCGCAUCGUACCAAAAGAUUUAGGUAUCCACACAUGCCGUCUGGGUUUGCCAUGAGUAUUACGCUAUUAAAGAGCUUGGCCAAACAAGUCUCCGAGGGCAAGGAACUGAAGACAGAUUUUUCUAUCGACGUAGCGUACGAAUUCGCGGCCUUUGUGUUAAAUAGCACUGCCGUGAAGCUGAGUCAUAUGUCUAAACUGUGCAUUGUGUCCGCCUCCGAUUGUGCCACGUAUCCCCGAUUCUUCCAUUCUUGUAGUUCUUCCGUAGCUCCGAAAAACAUUUAUUUCGCCGUUAAGACUUGCGCCAAAUAUCACUUGGACAGAAUCCCGGUGAUUAAAAAGACAUGGGCAAAGUACGAUUUGAACAUCGGAUAUUUCAGUGACGUAGCCGACAAAAAUUUACGAGAGGCAUACGUCGUCCCGAAUACCACUACAGGACAUUGUGCCAAGACCUAUGGUAUCUUGCAAAAAGCCAGCAAAAUACUAAAGAAACGUAAUUUCGAUUGGCUCGCCGUUGUCGAUGAUGACACUAUAUUCAGUGUGGUACGUUUGUUAAACCUGCUCACGUGCUACAAUCCUAAGCACUCGGUCGCGAUCGGCGAACGUUAUGGGUUUCGUAUGUGGAACAACGAUUAUGGCUAUCAGUAUUUAACUGGUGGUGCAGGUGUCAUAUUAUCAGCUCCCUUGGUUCACUUAAUGGUAGAACCGGGCGCGUGUACUUGCCCAUCCGCGAGUACUCCCGAUGACAUGCACCUCUUUGGACUUUGUUUGUCGCGACUUGGAGUAGAAGGAGUGCAUUCUUCAAUGUUCCAUCAGGCACAACCUAUAGACUAUCCUAACGCGUAUUUGGCAUCCCAAGAACCGAUAUCAUUUCACAGAUUCUGGUUAGUUGAUCCUAAAGCUGUGUACAACGAUUGGUUUGCGGAAGUAGACAAAGUCUUGCCAUUUGCAGACAGAUCGAAACAUACAGAAUUAUAAAUAUAUAAAACAAAAAUUUUAUAGAAAUUUGCAAUAAAAUUUUUUAUUU